AUGUCUGCCAACAACUCACCAGACCGGAGCGAAAAGGAAGAGCCAAAAGCCUUCAGCUCGAGGUGCCUGACGGAUGACAAUGUCAGCGCUGAAUCUGUCGUCGAGAUCGAUGGUUUCAAAGUGCUGGGUCUAUCCUCGGAGGACAUUGAAUUCUACACUGGGUUUUCUGCCCAAAGGCGAAAACGUGUUGUGCGCAAGGUUGACAUCCGCCUCGUCCCUGUGUUGACCAUCCUGUACCUGAUAGCUCACAUCGACCGCGCAAACAUCGGCAAUGCCAAGAUCGAGGGCUUGAUCGAGGACCUAGGGCUCACGGGUGCCGAGUACAAUAUCUCUUUGGCAAUUUUCUUCGUGCCUUACAUUUUUCUCUUGGUCGACUCUCCUAGUUUGUCUCGCCGAUGGCUGGAUCAGGAGGAGAUACGAUUUCUUGAGCUUCAGGUCUUCAUCAAACAAGGCGGCAAGUCGCAGGAGGUGCAGGAACAAGAAGCCCGAACUUGGGUGGAGGUGAAGAAUGUCCUGAAGAACUGGAGGGUCUACGUCCAUGGGUCGUUCCUGAUCGUAAAUUCUGCAUGUUCGUACGGAGUCAAAUUUACGCUCCCAACCAUUACGAAGACCAUGGGUUACAGCAAUAUGAACGCUCAGUUUCUAUCUGCACCCCCUUACGUCGCUGGGGCUUUGUCUGCUCUCGUCUGUGGCAAGCUGUCUGACCGAUUCAACUGGAGAAUGCCCUUCAUCGCAAUCCCGAGCGCUUUCAUCUUGGUCGGAUACUCGAUAAUGCUUUCCCUGAACGGGGCGAUCUCUACCAACGCCAGCUCGGUUUGGCCCGCCAUUGUCAUCGCCGUGGUCGGCAUAUACCCGAUCCAGCCAGCAACACAGGCAUGGAAUGCAAACAAUAUCGCGCCAUCCAGCCGGCGCGCAGUCGCUGUGGCCUUGACUUCCUCUGUUGGAAGUGUAGGCGGCAUUGUUGGUAGCUUCAUGUACCUUGAGAGCCAGGCGCCGCGUUACGAGACCGGAUUUGGGCUCAGCCUGGCUUUCGGGGCUUAUGCAAUGCUGAUAGCCUUGGCUUUGGAGUGGAGUUAUAUGAUUUCCAACGCAAGGAAGGCAAAGUUGGUCAGCAGCACACCACAUGACGACGCGAAUUUGGUCGCUUUGGGGGAUAAGAAUCCGCUGUUCAAGCAUGUGCUGUAA